AAACAUUACAUAGCAUGCUAGUGCGUCGCCGUUCAGUGUUGUCAUUCUCGAAACAUGUCGCCCAUUAGUAAAAUGAAGACGUUUCUUGUUUUAAUGUAGUAUUCUGUGUUCGUCAGAAUGAGUGGCAUUUGCAGGGAGGUCAUCACGCUCCAACUGGGACAUUAUUCUAACUUUGUGGGCACUCACUGGUGGAAUUUACAGGAUGCAUCUCUAUCUUACGACCCGGAGAUGCCACCUGGAGAGAUCCAGAGUGACGUCAUGUUUCGUGAAGGCCAGACGCUUGGUGGUAACAUUACCUACACCCCACGCCUCAUUGUCAUGGACCUUAAAGGAAGUCUGCUGACUCUGCGGCAGGAAGGAAGUCUGUAUGAUACUGGCAAAGAGACAGCUGCUAUUUCCUGGGAUGGAAGCCUGAUGACGCAUAAAGAGAGUCCGCCUGAAAAAAACUCAUUCCUCGAAGAUCUAGACAAGUUGGAUAGGGGGGAUAUACUGACCGAGGUAGAUUUUUCUUCAAGCUCCCAGUCUCCAUGUGAGCGGUCUUUGAAGGUUGACACGGUAAACAGUCAGCUUGCUCGAGUCCAGAAAAGCUACAAGUUGGAGGGCAGCGUCAAAGUGUGGUCCGACUUUCUUCGCAUUCACCUGCACCCUCGCACCAUCUCCGUCAUCCACCAGUACAACCACGAUGGGGAGGCUGACCGUCUGGAGACCUUUGGCCAGGGGCAGGCGCUCCUGCAGGGGUCAGUACUGGAGGAGCUGGAUGACAAACUGCAUUUCUUCGUAGAAGAGUGUGACUACUUUCAAGGUUUCCAGAUACUGUGUGACAUGGCUGAUGGCUUUGCAGGCUUGGGGUCAAAGGUAACGGAAAUGCUUCAAGACGCAUAUGGGGGUAGAGGCAUCCUGACCUACGGGAUGGCCCCUGUCAGUCACGCUAACUCGACUCCAACUAAAGACGUCUACCACAUGUUGAACUGCGCGUUAGGGACGGUCCACUUGGCUAGUCAUAGCUCCUUCUACUGUCCCUUAACGCUGCGCGGCGGGCUGGGCCUGAGACCCUCGUCACCUAUAAGCUUCCCUUAUUUAGCUUAUGAUCCUUCACUUUGGUACCACUCCAGCUCCGUUUUGGCUCUGGCUCUGGAUGCUCUGUCUGCGCCGUACAGGCUUCGGAACAGCGUCCCCAUGUGGCAGCUUGCAGACUCGCUGUCUGCAUCAGGGAGAAAGGUAGUGGCGGCCUACGGCGCUGUCCCGUUUCCCAUGAUGCACGGGGAUUCUCUACCAGAUGCUUUAAGUGCCUUUGCGGACUCUUUGCCGUGGAAACCUCUCUCAACAUGCCCUGAAGCAGAUGACGGUCGUUGUUACGGGCAGUGGGUGACACUCAAAGGCCUGGAAGGACAGAGACUCGUGAGUUCUGGUGCGCCGGGGACUGAACCACGGUCUGCUCUUCACAACCUACACAGCGGGGAAGAUGUCCUGGCGUCCUACAUCUCAUCUUUCUAUCCCACGGCUCCUCUGGCUGUGCAGCUGGUGUCCAGUCCUAGUAAAGUGACACCACCUUUCCCCCAUAUCUUCAGUCAGUGUGUUAAUAAUAGAGGUUUGGUACACGACCAACAGCCUCCAAGUCUCUCUUCAGCCACCUCAGCCGUCUCCUCCGUACCGGUCAUCACAUCCCUCCAGUCCGGACCCGUCCUGGACCCAUGGCUCUCAGACUUGCAUCGCAGUGUCAGUGCCUUUGACAUCCGCCGCGUGGCUCCCAGCUUUCUCGCUCAAGGCCCCGAAAUGGCAGAUUACAGCGAAGUCUUGGAGCAGUUGCGCUUACUGGCUCGGCGUUAUCGUGACGACAGCAGAGGUAUGACGCGGUCUUCUUCUGAAGACGACGAUGAUGACUGAUGAGUAUGAGUAUUGGACUUGUUUUGUUUACUAUCAGACACGCUCCCGUAACUCCAAAGAAUCGACUCACUCAUGUGGCUGUGGAAUUUAUCUUAAAUAUAUCGUACUAUUUCCGCAGUAUGGACCAUUUUCAUUUAAUUUGUUCUUACUGAAUCACCGAGAGCCCUGAUAUUGUCCACAUGUAAAUCACAUUUUGUUAUAAACAAUACUUAUUGGAGCAUUGUAGUCUUCCACAUUACUGCGUAGUUUUCCCAAAACACUCAUUUGUAGUUUAUUUUUUAAAUCAUGUUACCAUGUGGGCUUCAUUUAAAUGGAAAAAGCUUAUUACUAAAUACUAUCCCACUGACUGUAAGACAAUACUGGUGCAAUACAGAGUGUAGCAUAUAAUACUAAAGUUGAAUGUAUGGACUUUUGUAAUUAAACUUUUGACAGCAAUUUAUUGCCUUUGUG